AUGAAAUCCAAUAAUAAAAAUCUCGAAAUUGAAAUCAUUACUAUUUUUUAUACAAACUUAAUUUCGAGAACUAUCUAUAUCCCUGCCUCAUCUAAUUCUUCUGGUUCAUCUGGCCUGUUUGCUUCAUCUGGUUCAUUUGAUUCGUUUGGAUAUUUUUUUUAA